AUGUCAGAUUUGGAGGCAGAUGAAGCAGAUCUGCUUGAGGAGGAGUUCACGCGAGCAACUAAAUUCAUCGAACGUGGCCAUGAUCAGCUUGAGCAGAAAGAAUUGCUUCGAUUUUAUGGUUUCUAUAAGCAAGCAAUGGUUGGGAAAUGCGAUAUUCCAAAACCUGGGAUUUUUAAUAUGAGCGGUCGGGCCAAAUGGACCGCUUGGAGCGAGCUGGGUGAGAUGUCGAAAGAGCACGCCAUGAAGAGUUACGUUCAGCAUUUGGGCAAGCUGAACCCGGAUUGGGAUCCCGAAGGUCAGGAUGACGAUACGUUUAAACCGCAGAAAGCUUCGUGGGUUUCCGUUUCAACGUUCGCCCUGGAGGAAGACGGAUCCGGAUCGGAAGAUAAAUCAAUAGUUGACUUCAUUAAGGAAGGCGACACGGAUAAUGUUCGGAAUGCUUUACGGGAGGAUGGAAUCGAUGCGGUGAUUAACGAACUGGAUGACGAAGGACUGGGACUGAUUCACUGGGCUGCCGAUCGGGGGAAUGUUGAAAUCCUACGAUUAAUACUCGAUGUUCCACAGGUUAAGAUUAAUUUGAACGAUUCUUUUGGACAGACUGCUCUGCAUUACGCAUCCAGCUGUGGAAACCGGGACUGUCUGAAGCUGCUAAUCGAUGCUGGCGCCGAUCGAACCGUAAAAGAUGACGAGGGUGAUACAUGCGGGGAUGUCGCGUUUGAUGCAGAAAUAAAGGCUAUGCUUGAGUAACUACA